AUGAAUCAGAGAUCCCGGAGCUCGAGGGCAAAGCCCUCGCCGUCGUCGGUCGACGAGCGGAUCCACCGCUUCCUGCGCCCCGGCGCACUCGCCCGCCUCCGGGACUCGAGGAUCAGUACCGCCAGAUCCGCCUCACUCGCACUCCUCGACCUCGCACUCCCCUCCUUCCCUUCCCCGCAUGCGCCUCCACCUGCUCAGAUCGAUGGAGUCCGCCCUUUCUUCGCAUCCAGGACGUACGGCCCUCAGUUUCUGCGGCGGAAGAAGCUUGCAGCCGCCAAGUCCGUCUACAUAGCCCCCUCGAGCCCGGAUCUCGCGGAUCCCUUCUUGGAAGCUUUUGGCGUAGAUCUGGUUGCUGCAUAUUGA